AUGGCAAAUAAGGAUAAGGCCAACCCAUAUGAUUCCAUAACCUUUGGGAACUCCCUAUCGCUGAGGGUCGAUGGCGGCGUUGGCGCUGUUUCUAUUAGCCCGAGCGGUCGAGAUGUUGUUCUAGCAGGGCGCCGAGGAUUAUACGUUGUCGACCUCGACGACCCCUUUAAACCACCAAGAUGGCUGCACCACUUGACCUCGUGGGAAGUUGCUGACGUUCAAUGGUCGCCACAUGCUUCAAAACCUGCGUGGGUUAUCUCAACAUCAAAUCAGAAAGCUACAGUGUGGAACUUGGCUAGAAAAGCCGAUAACGCUAUAGAGCACGUGCUGCACGGCCAUACUCGUGCCAUAACUGACAUCAACUUCCAUCCUAACCAUCCUGAUCUUUUAGCUACCUGCUCUGUUGAUACGUUUGUCCUUGGUUGGGAUACCCGUCAGCCAAAGAGACCUUUCUACUCAGUGGCAGACUGGAGGGCAGGUGCUUCCCAAGUGAAGUGGAACUUCCAGAAUCCAAACAUACUAUCUUCAUCACAUGACCAUUACUUCUACGUAUGGGAUUUGAGAAACAACAUCAAACCGCUACAUAAAAUUGAUGCCCACCAUAGAAAGAUAAACAGUGUUGAUUUCAGCAGGACACACGAGAACAAGAUUGUCAGUUCUUCUAACGAUGGAACUGUAAAGUUCUGGGACUUGUCAGAAGAUUUGACCACUGCAAAGAGCGUCAUUCAUACGGGGUUCCCGGUUUGGAGAGCUAGACAUUUACCCUUUGGACAUGGCUGUGCUAUCAUGCCGUUGAGAGGAGGAUCGAACGCAAUUUACCUCACCAAUCACUCAGAGUUGGAAGGAGAGUCCAAUUUAGAUGCUUGCCAAGUGUUUAAAGGCCAUUCAGACAGAGUGACGGACUUUCUUUGGAGAAAGAGGUACUCUAGUAAUGGAAUUGACGAUAGGGAAUAUCAACUUGUGACUUGGUCAAAAGACUGCGAUUUAAGGCUUUGGAGCUUGGACAACGAACUGUACGACAAAUUGGACUUCCACCGAGGUGGUGCGAUGGACCUGGAACCUUAUGACUAUAGAACUUAUAGCGAGGAGCCAGGGGUUAAAGAGAGUGAACUCACGUUGAACAAGACAAAGGAUACAUUCGUAUCCAGUCGUGGUGUAAGCGGGGGAAGAAGUACUGACGAUCACCUCAAUUGGAUAUCUGGUGUGAGAAUUGGAAGAUCAGCCUUUGCACCACCUUUGCAAACCCAGAAUCCAAACAGUUUAAUAGUUGACAGCUCACCUGGAAAUCUCGGGGAGGAAGUAAGUGUUGUUGGACAUAAGUUCCCCAAGGUUAAGUUUGAAAAGAUUUCAGUCUCCACUGGUACUCUAGUGUUUUCGUUGAAUGGACCAUGGUCUAGUGGUGACAAUGAUAGCCUGGUUUUCAUGAGAGUAGAGUUCAAAUUUCCAAGAGAGUAUCCUAGCAAACCUCCAAUUUUCAGCAUUGAAGAGAAUCGAGAGCUUUCCAACGAUAAAAGGCAAGAAAUUUUAGCUCAUUUAACGGAAAUCUCUUCUAAAUAUUCAGAGGUGAACAGAUUCUCAUUAGAACCAUGUUUGAGAUUCCUGAUGGGUGAAAAGAUCGAUUUGGAUAACUUGUAUGACAUUGACACCGGGGAUGUUUCAGAUGACGAUCUCAAGAUGGAUGACGGAUUUGAGUCUUUACAGUCAAGUGUUGAAUCGAGUGAUGAGGAUGAAGAAGACGAAUUAAUCCCAAUGAGAUCAUCUAUAUUGGGCAAGGCGACAACUUUUGACAGUACUCCAAUUCCUAAAGGAUGUGGAGCAUCAUGGACUAAAACUGGACAACUCGUAUGUUUUUUCAUACCAAAGCAACAGAAUAAGUCACAGAAGACCCUUAAAUUUGAUCAGGGUGGAUUCAGCAACAAAGUUAUAUACGACGAUGACCAGUUAAGUGAUGACAGUUUAAACGAUGAUUGGAACGACAUUUUACAAAAGGACACGAGGAACAGAUUGCCUGGAGUUUUCAAGAUCCAAAAUUAUCAAUACCAUGAUUCAUUACCGACUGAGAAGUCAAACAACACGUCGAACGUUAUUGACAAGAACAUUGUUGCAAUCUUCGAUUUCCAAGAUCUUAUACCCGCAAAGAUGGAGCUAGCAGAGGAGUAUUCCAUCACCGGAGCACCCCCAGAUGAAUUGGCAUUGCACAAUGCUAAUGUGUGUGCCAGAUAUGGAUACACUGACUUAUACGAUUCCUGGAUGGUGUUAUCAUUCAUUUUGAACAAGAAUUUCUACUGGGGAGUACAUCCAUUUGGUCGGACUUGGUUGAUACAGGAGAUGAUGGAGUACUACGAGAAGCUUCAAAACGUGCAAAUGCUUGCAAUGAUGAGCUGCAUUCUGUACCCUUCUCUGUUCUCCAAACAAGACGAGAACACCCAGUCGCCUAGUGUGGAAAUCGGAUCUUUUAGAAACUAUCGUCUGGCGUCGAUGAGCGAUACUGGCACAGGCUCAAACUAUUCUGAUUCACACUAUCGUUUCCCAUUUUCUAGAAGCCCCAGUGUUUGCACCGAUAUUCGGGGUGCUCCUCAUCUCAAUGUAAAAGUUGAAAUGUUCAACGAAAUCGAGAUGGGGUAUUCUGAAGAGACGUUUGGGAUAUCCCUCAUAGAUCCGGAGGAUGGGAGGUACAACAGGUAUCGUGACGAGUACGCGAACAUUCUGUACACUUGGGGCCAUGUCUUGCGCCGUACUGAGCUCCUAAAAUUCAACUAUACGUUAUCAAUACCUGUUACGGACUCACACAGGGGAAAGAUCAGCUGGGAGGACACGACAGCAGCGGGGAGCCAUGGGCUUAUCACCGAUAAGUUAUACCAGUACAUUGCGAAGAACUGUGUUUACUGCGGAAUGAAGAUGACCAGAGGCGUGUACAUAUGCCCAAAAUGUGGCCAUUCUCUUCACAUGAGAUGUGCGUGCGAUUGGUGGAAACAAUCCGAUCUCUGUGCCACCGGGUGUGGAUGUCACUGCACAGCAGAGGUUUGA